CAGACAGCUUCCUGAUGUAUGAGGCUUCUAUCCUCUGUUAUUUGGGAUUAUUUUACGCUCUUAUUAUGGUGUUUAUAUAGUACUGCUUUAUACAUACUCCUGUUAACCUAUAUUGACAGGCGUAUGGAUGCUGAAUUGCAACAAAUGAAGAUGCCAGUUGCAGUCGAGUUCCCUAACUGGAUAUUGCUGCUGCAUACAGAUAGAUAGAGAGGUUUGAGCAUAGCUUAGGCGUUUCUGGAUGCUGGGAUUUGUGCAGACUUCUCCAGUGAUGUGCUGACAGUCGAAAUCAUCGCCUGAGACCAAUGAAAUAUACAAAAUUGUAUCUAUGCGAUGAUUAUUCUUCUAUAACCAUGGAACUCCCAAAUUCCCGUCUGUGGCUGAGACCUCAUCAAGGUAGUGUUAGAAAUUUAGGAUCCGGGGUGGAGGAAGAAGAUAACUGCAACUUUUAAAUUGAUCAACUCAACAAAUCACGACAACCAUAUUCAGUUGACUUCUUACUGCUGUGGUCAUUUCAGUGGAAUACUACCUCUUGCCAUAGCUAAAAGCAGCCAUGGAACUCACCUAAAGUGGAUUUACAUUCCAUUGUUACACUGUUACAUUUCUCUUUUUCUCGCAACUGUGUUUAACAGGCUUUCCUCUCUGUUUAUUAUGAUCGAGUUAAUGGCUGGCUUUGCCCAUUGUUAUUAACCAUUGUGUAUGCUCAGGUACAGUAUUAAGGACUGGCUUCCUUUACAGCCUGAAAAAUUCGAGACGUCCUGUGCCCAUCAUGGGCAAUUAAAAGUCAAUUCAUCUUGAGAGUAAAUAUAGCAGUUGAUGUGACUGUUCAAACAUAACUUCCAAGAUUUUUUUUUUUUUUUUUUCGGAAUAAUUAAUUAGUUUCUGUAGACUAAAGCACCCUGGUGAGAGCCACUGCCUUUUAGGGCUCUGGAUUUAAGAGCACGAUUGCUCUGCUAAAACAAGCAUUGGGAAGUGAGGCACAGAUCGAAAUGUAAUGUUUUAUUUUAACCAAACUACCAUAUAUUGCACAGAUAUAUAUUUUUUUUAUUUUCUCUUACCCUGGACAGUUAAUGAUAAUUAGCCAAAUUAACUAUAGAAGGAUUGAAAGCAGUGUUGUAAAAUCUGAUUUUUGAAAAACGAAAUAUUUAUUUAUUUUAUAACAUUUCUUUUGACUUGGGAGCAUCUCCGCAUGUUUGUGAUCCCUGAUGGUCCUAGCCAGGCUCUGGGAGAGCCUCAGAUCUCAGCCUGUGACUCUCCCCCUCCUUAGCUGCCUCUGCACUAGGAUGUUGCGGAAGGUUCUGCACAGGGGGCUGAGAACGUGCUUUUCCAGACUUGGAUUUUUUAUUGCCAGCCAUCCAGUAUUUUUUGUAUCAGCCCCCGUGCUGAUCUCAAUCUUGCUGGGGGCCAGUUUUAGCAGGUAUAAGGUUGAGGAGAACAUUGAAUAUUUGCUGGCCCCUAAACACAGCCUAGCCAAGAUAGAGAGAAACCUGGUGGAUAGUCUAUUCCCAGUCAAUCGCUCCAAGCACCGUCUAUACUCGGAUCUCCAGACACCUGGAAGGUACGGCAGGGUGAUCAUAACAUCAUCUAGGAGAGCAAACAUGUUGGACCAACAUCAUACAGAUCUCAUUUUGAAGUUGCACUCUGCAGUGAAAAGGAUUCAAGUUCAUCAACCGGGGUUUAAUUACACAUUUGCUCACAUUUGCAUGUUGAGCAAUGAAAAGACUUGCAUUGUGGAUGAUAUAGUCCAUAUUUUGGAAGAAUUGAAGGCAGCUCGAUCCCUAAAUCGAACAAAUUUUGUCAUCACCUAUCCCAUCACACAAUUAAAAGAUGGCAGAGAAGUGUACAAUGGGCACCAGUUGGGAGGUGUCACUGUGCACAGCAAAGAUCGCGUGAAGUCUGCAGAGGCCAUUCAACUCACGUAUUAUCUGCAGGCGAUAAACACACUCAAUGAACUGGUGGCUGAAAAGUGGGAAUCUAUUUUCUGUGAGACUGUAGAAAGCUUUCAAAGAUUAAAUAAAGAGGUCAAAUUGUAUCCUUUCACGUCUUCAUCUCUAGGAGAGGAUUUUCAGAAAACCAGCAGGGUUGCGGAACGUUACUUGAUUACAAGCCUAGUCUUAGUUGUUUCAUUGGCCAUUUUGUGCUGCUCCAUGCAGGACUGUGUCCGAAGUAAACCUUGGCUCGGUCUACUUGGAUUGGUAACUGUUACCCUUUCUACACUCACUGCUGCUGGGAUCAUCAAUCUGACUGGAGGAAAAUACAAUUCUACUUUCCUGGGAAUACCAUUCAUCAUGCUAGGUCACGGAUUAUAUGGGACAUUUGAAAUGUUAUCUUCUUGGCGGAAAACAAGAGAAGAUCAACACGUAAAGGAAAGGACAGCCGUUGUGUAUGCAGAUACUAUGACAUCCUUCUCUCUCACCACUGCCAUGUAUCUAGUCACCUUUGGGAUUGGAGCCAGUCCCUUCACAAACAUUGAAGCAGCAAGGAUAUUUUGCCGCAAUUCAUGUAUAGCAAUCUUCUUCAACUACCUCUACAUUCUAUCAUUCUAUGGCUCUAGCCUUGUGUUUACUGGGUACAUUGAAAAUAAUUACCAGCAUAGUAUUUUCUGCAGAAAGGUGCCAAAGCCUGAAGUUCUACAGGUCAAGUCAUUGUGGUACAGGUUUCUAAUGACCGCAAGAUUUAGUGAAGACACAGCAGAUUCCGAAGAUACAAACUCUUAUGAAAGUCAUCUUUUGGUUUGCUUUCUCAGACGCUAUUACUGUGACUGGAUAACUAAUACAUAUGUAAAACCUUUUGUAGUUCUCUUUUACCUUGUUUAUAUUUCCUUUGCCUUAAUGGGCUACCUGCAGGUCAAUGAAGGAUCUGAUCUGAGUAACAUAGUAGCAACUGAGACACGAACCAUUACUUACACAGGCAUCCAACAAAAGUAUUUCAGCAACUACAGCCCAGUUAUAGGCUUCUACAUCUAUGAGUCUAUUGAAUACUGGAAUACAAGUGUUCAGGAGGAUGUCCUAGAGUACACAAAAGGUUUCGUGAGAAUAUCCUGGUUUGAGAGCUACUUAAACUAUCUCAGAAAACUUAACAUGUCUACUGGAUUACCCAAAAAGAACUUCACAGAUAUACUGAGGUAUUCUUUUCUUAAAAAUCCACGGUUUUCACAUUUUUCUGAAGAUAUUAUCAUACCUAAAAAAUACAACAAUGAAAUAGAUGUUGUGGCCUCUCGGAUGUUCUUGAUUGCAAAGACAAUGGAAACAAACAGGGAAGAACUCUAUGACCUCCUUGAAACUUUAAGAAAACUUUCUCUAACCUCCAAAGUAAAAUUUAUUGUCUUCAAUCCAUCCUUUGUAUACAUGGACCGAUAUGCUUCUUCAGUGGGAGCUCCAUUACAGAACUCCUGCAUAAGUGCUUUGUUCCUACUGUUCUUCUCUGCAUUUCUUGUGGCAAGCUCUAUCAUCAAUGUUUGGAUAACAUUAACCGUGGCCUCUGUAGAGUUUGGAGUAAUAGGAUUCAUGACUUUAUGGAAAGUUGAGUUGGAUUGCAUAUCAGUGCUUUGCCUAACCUAUGGAAUUAAUUACACAAUAGAUAACUGUGCACCACUAUUAUCAACAUUUAUCUUGGGGAAAGAAUUUACAAGAACUAAAUGGGUAAAAAAUUCAUUGGAAGUGCAUGGGGUAGCCAUUUUACAGAGCUACCUCUGUUACAUUGUUGGUCUGAUCCCUCUUGCAGCUGUGCCUUCAAAUUUGACCCGUACACUGUUCAGGUGCUUGUUUUUGAUAGCCUUUGUCACAUUCUUUCACUGCUUUGCUAUUUUGCCAGUUAUGCUGACUUUUGUGCCACCUUCAAAGAAGAAGCGGAAAGAAAAAAAAACACAGGAAAACCGUGAAGAGGUAGAAUGCGUUGAAAUGGUGGACUUGGACAGCACCAGAGUGGUUGACCAAAUUACGACUGUCUGAUUAUAAAUAUAUGUAUAUUUUUUAAUUUGUAUGUUGAUUUUCACCCUAGGUCUUACUAAAAGAAUGUGUCGAUGGAACUUCUGAUCUGCGUGGGUAAUAAAUAUUAAAACAAGUAUCCAAUACAACCCAUCCAAAGGAUGUUCCAUGAAGCGUGAUUAGCCUCACAGACAUUAGACAUAAAGAAAGACAUGAAACUGGACUAUGCUCAAUUACGUGCAUAUAUAUAUAUAUAUAUAUAUAUAUAUAAAAUUAUAUAUAUACAGUAUAUAUAUAUAUUAUAUACAGUAUAUAUAUUGAGAGGAAUACAAUAGCUUAAAUAGCAGUAAAGGGAGAGUACAAAGUUCCAUUUGCAUUAAUUUAAGCAGGAAAUUCUCUUUCUAUGCUGCUUACAAGGCUGUUACUGUUGCAAACGCCUACAAAGUGAGUGUAUAGUUAGUUUGUGUACCCAUACAUUUUUCGGCAAUAUCGUGACCUUAUCUGAACUUAUUAAUUUACAAGAACAGUCUGCUCUUUUAGUUUUGCGUUUAAAGUAUUUUCUUUUAAAGCAAAUAUAUUUAUUUGUCCCAAUAUAAAACAAAAUAUGCACCAUUGUAGUAUCAAUUUAAACACUAAACUAACUAAAAUACAUUGUAUCACUCAGUGUACAGCACACGUGUGUAAGCUAGGAGAGUUCCUAUGAUACAUAUAUUUAAGCUAAGGAAAGAAUCUAAAAGUGUCUACACUCACGUUGUUUGUGUUUAUGUACAGUAUAUUUUUGAAGGAUAGGUGUUUAUCAGUGAUGUCACUAAGCUUUAAAAGACCCGAAUUCAGUGCCACUUCGUAAUCUCCAAAUACAUGUUUUCUCCCACAAUGCAUAUAGACAGAGUAUUAUGGGGGAGAUUUUUCAAGCCUCCUAUAGAGUGAAAAAGUGGACAAGUGUUGAAUUUCACCUAGCCACCAAUCAGAUUUUACAGUAAGUAUAAUUUAUAAAGAACAAUCUAAAAUUCUAGGUAGAAGCUGAGCUGAUGCUACUGUAUGGGCAACUUCUCCACGCUUUUGUAGGCUCAUAAUAUCUCCCCCUAUAUCUCCAAACAGAAUAGUUGUUUGUUUUUGUUUUGUUUUUUUGUGUUGUUUUUUUUUGGGGGGGGGGGUUUCUCAACUUUUUAUUUUGAAUUGUUGAGAGUUAUUCGGAAUAAUAACAGUAAUAUUUUGUAUCUAUCCUGGUAUUGGAAACAUGUAUCUAUCCUGGUAUUGGAAUCAUGUAUCUAUCCUGGUAUGGGAAUCACACAACCAUUAAUAGUUGUCAUAAGAAAUGACUUUAAGUGAAUACAAAAAUCUGCUUCAGACUUAGGGCCUAGGUCCCUAGUGCCAGGACAUAGCAAUGCCCCAUAUUUUUCCCACAACAAUACAGUUUGGAUACAGAAGUAGAUAAAUAAAUACUAAUUUGAUGUAGCAUUUCUUUAUUUUCUUUGUUUGCCUGUUGUGUUUUAUUAAUUACUUCCAAGAUUUCAAACCAUUCCCUACCUACUGGCAUUAAAUAAUUUGUAUUAUAUUAUAUAUUAAGGGUUUUUUUUGUUUGUUUUUUUAAGGUCCAGAGUUGUUCAAGCUCAGGGAUCUUGCACAAAUGUUCUUUUAAGAAUAACACCCUAAACAUUUACAUAAUGCAAAAAUUAAAAUAAAAAAAAACAUU